UUUAUAGAAAGAAAAGAGAGUAAAUAGGGUGUGGGAAAUCGCCAAAACCCUAUUGACCCAACUUUUGAAAUUGGUCUUGGCGAUUUCUCCCACUUCCUUCCUUCCUUGAUGAUGCAAUGCUUUCUUUAUCCACUUUCAAAAAAUACUUGAUUCUUAUCCUAAAAUGUCGACAGUAGGAGAUCCAGGAGCUGAUGUAGAACUUGCCCGGCAGAGGCGGCGUCAGAGGCGUCGCCGUCGGAGACGACGUGAAUCUGUCUCAGGACGAAGCGAGACCACCACCGACGGGAGCCGUUACUUCUCAGACUCCGGCGACGAUCAUCAGUUGUGGCAAUCCACUUCCGGUUCUGUUGCUUGCGGUUCUCUUGAUGAAUGUAGGUUCCCGGAGAUCGAGAGGGAAACUGCCUCGCGUCGUCAGCAGAAACUUGGGAGAGAAACGUUGACUAAGUCUGAGGAAGAUAUUGAUUUGGAAAUUGGGGAGUUGGAGAUGAAGGUGCAUGCUGUUAUAGAGAAGAGGGAAGAGAGAGACUGUAGGAUUUGUCAUCUUAGAUUGGUGGGUGAUAUUGAUGAUGAUGAAGAAAGGGAUGUUGCUAUUGAAUUGGGUUGUUGUUGCAAAGGUGAUUUGGGGGCCUCUCAUAAGCAAUGCGCUGAGACUUGGUUCAAGAUCAAAGGAAAUACAGUAUGUGAGAUAUGUGGUGCCAUAGCUGUGAAUGUCGUCCUUGGGGAACUACCAAAUGAGCCAGUUAUCACUGUCGUAUUGAGUAAUCAGACAGUGCUUGUGGAUCCUCCAACCACCACCGUAGAGGCCCACACUUUCUGGCACGGCCGCAGAGUCAUGAAUGCCCUUCUAACUUGCUUGGUCCUUGCCUUUGUCAUUUCUUGGCUUUUCCACUUCAACGUACGACCCAAAAAUUGAUGGGAACCAUUUGCUGUGUGUUUUCUUGUUGUUCCGACAAACCAACUUCUAAUAGGGAAGAGAAGGGUCAUUUAGGUUUGUUAUGUUAUUUGCCCAAUUGAGCUCCAAAGGUUUCGUAUUUUGUGUUAUUUUGAUGUAUUGUAAGAGUAAAAUAGGCAAGCUUGUUGUUUUAGUGAAUCUUAAUUUCUUAUGUAUGUUAAUUUAGGCUGGUAAAUUAGAUUUCCUAGUAGUGUUGUUUAAUAGCCCAUCAUUGUCUUUUAAUAUAGGCAGGAUUUACAAAGUUGUUUAUCAAAUUAGAUCAUUCACUGGUCAA